AUGAGCAUAGUGCAGACACAGCUGGGCGGCAUCCUGCCGUUAGUGGCGCGUGGUAAGGUGCGGGAUAUCUACGAGGUUGAUCAGGAGACGUUGCUGUUUGUGGCUACUGACCGGAUCUCGGCCUAUGAUGUGAUCAUGGCGAAUGCUAUCCCCGACAAGGGUGUGCUGUUGACGCGGCUGUCUGAGUUCUGGUUUAAAUUCUUGGAGAAAGACGUCCGCAACCACCUCCGGGCGCCGUGUGAGGGGCUUUUUGGUGGUCUACCUGAUGCGCUAACGUCACCCGAGUACCGCUCACAGCUAGAGGGGCGGAGCCUGCUCGUGCAACGGUACCGGUUGAUACCACUUGAGGUCAUCGUGCGCGGUUACAUUACGGGCUCUGCCUGGAAGGAGUACCAGGAGCGCGGCACAGUGCAUGGCCUGGCUCUACCUGCCGGGCUGCGUGAGUCUGAGGAGUUACCCGAGCCGAUGUUCACUCCGUCUACCAAAGCGGAGCAGGGUGCGCACGAUGAGAAUAUAUCACCAGCACAGGCUGCAGACCUAAUUGGGCAGGAGCUUUGUGACCGCGUGGCUGCCUUGGCAAUUCGCUUGUAUUCGAAGUGCAAGAAGUAUGCCAGGGAGCGCGGCAUUAUUAUUGCAGACACGAAGUUUGAGUUUGGCAUUGAUGACAAGUCAGGCGAGAUUGUUCUUGUCGAUGAGGUCUUGACCCCAGAUUCUUCUCGUUUCUGGAAUGCUGCGAACUACGAAGUUGGUAAGCCUCAGGAUUCAUAUGAUAAACAGUUUUUGCGCAAUUGGCUCACUAGCAACAAGUUGAAUGGUGUCGAUGGGGUCAGCAUGCCCGAGGAGAUCGUGACGCGCACGAAGGAGAAAUAUGUUGAGGCCUACGAAGCACUUACAGGCGCGAAAUGGUAA